ACAAAUAUUAAAAAAAAUUCAUAACAGCAAUAAAAAAGCUGCGCCGUCACGUAAAUUUUCUUACUAACAAUUCUUAACAUAAAAUUUGUGCGCAAAAAAGAGAAAUUUUUAAACAACAACAACACGCUACUUACUACACACAACGAAGUCAACUAAAAGCUUGCCAGUUUUUUACUGCUAAUAUUAUCUAUUAUAAAAAUAAAUACAAAUUAAACUUGAAACUUAUUGCUGAAAUGCUUGCGAAUAACGCGCCAAAUUAGCAUUAAAAGUAAAUUUUAAAAAAUAUUUCUAGAUAUGUAUAGCAAUAUAUAAAUAUAUACAACUACAAAAUAGCGCAGUGAGCAACGAAUACAUUUUGUGAUAUUUUCAAGCAUCCAUUCGCUAUAAAACAAAAAUUAUUAUUAAAGUAGUGCUUAAAAACAGUGUGACAAAAAAGUGCUGAAACGCUUUGGUAUUAAACAAAAUUAUAUUGUCCGAACGAAAUGUUGGAAAAUUCAAUUAACUGGUGAUUAGAUAAUGAAAUAUUAUAAUCAUUAACGGUGAAAACAAGAAAAAAAGUAGUGAAAAAUUUUUGAAUACAGCAAAAGCCAACUGCUAAAAUAUAAAGGAAAAGUGAUUUAUCAGCCACGGGAAAACUUAACGCGCUUGGAUUAAGGCGAAAAGGCAGCCGAAUAGCGUAAAAAUUAAGACAACCCACGCCGGCUGAAAAUGCUUUAAACAGCACGCAUUAACAGCAACUUCAAAUAAUUGUGAUCACGCCGCGUUUACAACAAAUGCCACAAGCUUGCCGCAACAACAGAGUUGAGCACUAGCAUAGACACUGCCCGUGCAGUGUAGACAACAAGGUUUACGUGCGAGACACAGUGCGCGCAUUUUAAUUAACAUAAACCUGACAUAAACACCCCGAAAACGCGGCGACCUGAUGACUAUGGCAGAAGGCACCGACCCCAUGGGGCAUCAGGCGGGCUCCCAUCACAACCACCAUCACACCCAUCACAAUCAACACAGCCACCAGCACCAGCACCAGCAUCCGCAUCAUCAGCAUCCGCACCAGCAGCAGCUGCAUCAGCGCCAACCAACGUCACAUCCUCAUUACGCGCCUUAUGCUGCCGCUGCCGCCGCCGCCGCCGCUGCGGCACAUAUGCAACAGUAUCCGUUGCCGCAACAUUUGCCAUUGGCGCUUAGCUUGCAACAGCAGGCUGCUGCUGCGGCGGCGGCGGCCGCGGUGGCCGCUGAGCAUGUGAACAACAAUCAGCCUUUCGUGGCCAACAACAAUGUGCCGUGGAAGCAGCGCAAGCGGAAACGCUUGUCGGCCGUGUUGGAUAAAUUGCAUAAUCACAACAAUAACAAUAAUAAUAACAACAACAGCAGUGGUGGUGGCAGCAUGCAUAAUGAUGGCGGCGGUGGCGGCAGCAAUAACAAUAACAACAACAAUGUUGGUGAACACGGUAAUCACAAUCACAGUCAUGCGGAGCCGAUGGACGGCGAUGAGGAUGUCGAGAAUGAGGCUAAUUAUAAGCACAACAACAAUAACAGCGGCGGCAACAAUAAUGUGUGCGCGAAACGUCAAAACUGCGGCAACGAUAGCGGGAAAGCGUUAACGCGUAACAAGCGCACCAUCAGUGAAGUAAGCGGUGAUGAGGCUGAGGCCGAGGCUGAGACGGAAGCCGAUGUCGAUGCGGUGUCUGAAGAUUUAUCUCUUGAAAAUGAUAGUCCACGCAUCAGCAUGAGCCCACUGCAGUUGGUCUCGACACAUGAUAGUCCAUCCGGUGGUGGUGCGUCACAACAUCCCGCUGUUGCCGCCGCUACAACGACACCCAGCGAUAAUCCGCUGCAUGUCGACAUCAAGACUGAGCACAUGCAUAAUCCCUAUGACCGUUACUUUCCCAUACCGUCGCCGCUCUUUGGCUACUACUUACAUACCAAGUAUUUGAAUGAAGUGUUUCGCCGUCGGCAGGAUCUCUACACAUCACCAAUGCAGCAUACACCUUCGUCGAUCGCUUCAUCGAUUGCUGAUGAGACCUCACCGACAAGCUUGCCAAAUGCCGGCGCUCAUCUCGACCAUCCGCCUCCGCCAUUUCCACCAACCUCCACAGCUACGGCACGUGUUGCAGUCGGCGGUCCGGGGCGUUCACCACCGCCCGCCGUCACCGUCGCACUACCCUCGCCACCACGUAGUGACUCGUCGCUCACUGCUGCCGCCACAGCCAAUACACGUUGCAGCCCUUCGCCGGCUACGCAAGCCAACACUUCGGAUCCGGCCAUAAUGCCGCCACCACAAGAGCGUCCAUUGGAUUUGUCUGUACGCAGCGGUGGCAAUACGCCCACCUAUGAGCUGAUGGGUGGCAAAAAGUACAAAUCGCCCUCACCUUUGCCGGCGACCACACUGAUGUUGCCACCAGCGCAGCAACCCGUUUCGGCUACGGUCAGCGCCGCUUCGAUGUCGCCAAGCCAAAGCACGUUGAAAACGAGCCCAGCCAAUAGCAGCAACCACAGCGCCAAUCAUGCACCGUUAGCCAGUUCUCCAGCACCUGUUUCGCCGUACGCUGCCGCUGCUGCUGCUGCACAUGCUGCUGCCGCCGCGGCCGCAGCUAUGAUCAAGCUCGAAAUGCCAAUGCAUCCAUUGCAUCCGCACGCACCCACCACCACGGUGGGCGUGCCCGUGAUCAAGGGUGACGUCGCAUCGCCCACCACUAAGGAAUCGGUCGCAUGGCGUUACAAUCUCGACGUCUCACCGGUGGUGGAGGAGAUGCCACCCGGUUCGGAUGUGGCUUACGUCUGUCCUGUUUGUGGGCAGAUGUUCUCGCUGCACGAUCGCCUAGCCAAACAUAUGGCGUCGCGCCACAAAUCGCGUAAUCCUGCCAAUGAUAUCACCAAAGCCUACUCGUGCGAGGUGUGUGCGCGCUCCUUCGCACGCUCCGACAUGCUGACACGCCACAUGCGUCUACAUACCGGUGUCAAACCGUACACAUGCAAAGUGUGCGGUCAAGUCUUCUCACGUUCCGAUCAUCUGUCUACGCAUCAGCGCACACACACCGGCGAGAAGCCGUACAAGUGUCCACAAUGUCCGUAUGCCGCGUGCCGUCGGGACAUGAUCACACGCCACAUGCGUACACACACACGUUACGAGACACAACAGCGUGGCGGCGGUGGUGGCGCAGCUGGCGGUGGAGGUGAGCUGGGUGGACCCUCCAAGUCACCGCUGCCACUACUCGCCGACAUGAAGAUGAACUUACCAAUGCUGUUGAAGAGCGAGGAGUUGGCGGGUAAAUCACCCAUGCAUAGCGGUAUCGGCGGUUCCAUGCCGAUCGUGGUGAAGACAGAGAGCGCUUAGUGGCGGCUGCGACGCGCAUACAGAGGCUGCAAGACGUAGAAGCGGGCGUGUUGGCUCUCCCAUGGAGGGCUGCUUCGAGGAGUCGGAACAGAAAGACACUUGUAGGAGACAACGGCAGACGUAAACGUAAGAUAUGAAAUGACAAACUAUAUAGUUUAAGCGUAGAGAGUAGCUAAGUAGCGUGUACGUGAGAAGACGUAAACUAAAAAAAGAUAAAAUUUAUAUUUUAUUUUUCGAAAAUCUCUUUGUGAAGACUGAGACUAAUUUAAGCAUAACAAAAUGAAUUUAAAGAAAAUUUUCAUUUUUAAGUAAACAUAUUGAAAUUGAAUGCGAGAGUUGCUUCGUACAGGUGCUGGCCAACAAAAUUUGGCGAGUUGCCUAACUUGAGUGUAAAAAGCUGAUAACUGUGUGGUGAGCUUGUGAUUGCUCUGGUGAAUUCGGAAAUUUGUGUAGAAAAGUUUGUACUAUUGUCAGCAUAAUUGAGAGUUGUGCGAGCUUUUUGUAAAAGCUUUUUUAGUGAAUGCGUUUUUAGUGAAAGCUCUUUAAGUGGAAGCUGUUUUAGUGAAAGCUUUUCUAGUGAGUGAUUUUUUAUUUAAAGUUUUUCUUAAUGAAAGCUUUUCAUUACAAAUUAAUUUAGUGAAAGCUUUUUAGUUAAAGUGUUUUAGUGAAAAUUUCCUGCUCACCUUUACAUUUUUUCACUUAUUACUGUCACGAACUAUUAUGAAGUAUAUGAAGUAAAGCUUUGACACUUCAUGUUUUCAUUAAAAAAGAUUUCGUAGCUUUCUUUUAUCAAAUAUUUUCACUUUCGCUAUUAUUAUAGCAUGUAGUGGGUUUUCAUGAGCUUUAUUUCGAUAAAAGUUAUGAGCUUUCACUUUUCCUUUGUUGAAGAUUUUGACUUGCACUAUUAUUAUAGCGUCUAUUGAACUUUCCUUCAUUAAAGCUUUUGACUUAUACUUUUUUUACGCCGUGUGCCGAGUUUCAUGAGCUAUUUUCAAAGACGCCUUCGAGCUUUCACCUUUUUCAUAAAAAUUCAUUUGACUCGCAUUUUUAUUGUAACGUGUCUUGAGCUUUACUUCAUAAAAGCAUUUGACUUACAAAGCCGUGUGUGAAACUUUCGUGAGCUUUUUUCGAUGAAACCUUCGAGCUUUUACAUUUUUUCAUAAAAAAUUUUGACUUGUGCUAUUAUUAUAGCGAGCUUUUUUGAUAAAAGUUCUGAUCUUUCACUGUUUUCUUAAUUUCCAUAACUCGCCCACGCAUUUAUCAGCAAUUCGGCCUAAAAUUUGAUAUUUUAAUUCAACAAAUGUAACAAUUAAGACAAAUGGUUGUGAACAGCAAUUCAGCAUUGUUAGAUAUUCUCUGAGCACAAGCAGUUUUAUCGCUCUCCCUUUCUCUUUCACUCACUCUCCCUCUUUCAUAAACACAUUCAUCGCAAAACAAACAAGCUAGACAAUUAAGAGAUUAUUGACAUAGUUACUGUUAUAAUUUUAAGUUAAAUAAUCAGUUAGUUUAUAGUGAAAAGCGGAUAAUUGGAUUUCAUUAGUUUUAUAAUUUGAUUUAACGAAUUCGUAGUUUGUAUGUGAGCAACAAGGCGAUUGUGAAACCCACAAAUUAAUUUUAAGCAUAAUUUCAUUUGAAAAUUAUUCCCAACUGCAUUGUAGUAAUUUAUUCUAAUUUUUUAAGCUGCUUACCUUUAAGUUACAAAAUAUAUUUAAUUAUUAUUUAUUGCUAGUGUUAAAUGAGUGUACAUACACACGCACACACUCUCAGACAAAUUUGUAUUAUUAUAAAGCGAGAUGGCAAAUGAAGCGUCAAAAGACAAAGAAAGCGUUCUUCGAGCAACCGAGCAACUGCGUUUACGGCGGAAAAUGGCUUACAACAAAAAUUCCUAAAUCUAAUUUAAUUAAUUAAUUUCUACACGAUUUGCUUAAUUUAUUGCUAAAGUUAAUUUAAAAUCGAAAAAACUUGAAUCGAAAUUCAUUUAAUGAAAUAAAAAAACGUUUUCUUUUGAAUCAUUACUAUUUUAUGUUGUUGUUGUUUUGAUUUUUUGUUACACCAACCAAGUGUUGGCGGCCAGUGUUGUUAAGCGGCAAAAAGACACAAACACACACGCACCCAGUUCGAGUUCUACUACUACUUUUCAUUGUUUAUUCUUAUAGAAUUUCUUCUCUAAUUUUUUUAAAUAAAAUAUAAAAUAUUUAAGACUCUAUUAAACACUAUUAUUAUUUAUUUCGUUGCACCAAAAAUGUUUAUUGUAAUUUUAGUUAUUUUUACUGUUUCUAUUACUGGACUCACUCAAAUGUUUUCUAUCGUGUUUUCUAUGAAAUCUGUUAAAAUGUUUUCCAUGUAUUGUGCUGUACUUUAGUCGAGUACAGUUAGGCGUUUUGUUUAAGUUUUUCCACACCAUGCAUUAUUAUAUAAGUUGUAGCACAUACAUACACAUAUUUACAUACUUAGUAUAUAACAUUGCUUACCUACCUGUUAGUUUAUGUUAAUUUCAUUGAAUUAAUUCUAGUUUGUUUAAGCUGUUAUUUAUUAAAAUUGAAUUUAAAUUUUAGCCUUAAGUUUUGCUUUUAAUAAUUUAUAAUAUUUGUAUGACGUGAA